ACGAAUCGAAAAAGAAUUAUCAUUUGUACAGUUGUGUGAAUUCAAUGAAGAAUACUGCUGAAAGGUUGGAAUCUGCCCAUGGGAACAAGAUAUGUUCACAUUCUUCACUUCUCCGCCACUUCAUCUCAUUAAAAUACUCUGGGGUUUCUUUCAUCUUUCAUAUCUCAUACGCAACACGCACUUGAAUACGAAAUCGUGGAGUGAAGCAGGAAAUUUAGUUAUCAGAUUUCAUUCAUCGGGAAUUCUGGAUUCCUGCUGUAUGCCAAGGAAACUGUGACAUCUUAUUGAGGUAUACUCUGGCUACUUGGUAGAGCAUGAUGGCUGGAUCACUUCGAAUGAUUUGGUUACCAAUAUUGCUGUUACUCCUGCUAGAGAACAGUAGAGUAGCAUUCUCAGCUUCCAAGUACUUAAUUGGGCUCGGUAGCUAUGACAUUACGGGGCCCGCAGCUGAUGUCAACAUGAUGGGAUACGCUAACACAGACCAGAUCGCAUCCGGAGUUCACUUUAGGUUGCGAGCCCGUGCUUUCAUUGUAGCAGAACCACAGGGAAAUCGGGUUGUAUUUGUGAAUCUCGAUGCUUGCAUGGCCUCACAACUGGUGACAAUUAAAUUACUCGAGAGGUUGAAAUCAAGGUACGGAAAUCUUUACACAGAAAGUAAUGUUGCUAUUAGCGGAAUUCACACGCAUGCUGGCCCUGGUGGUUAUCUUCAAUAUGUUGUAUAUAUCGUAACAUCACUUGGUUUUGUGCGUCAAUCUUUCGAUGCUCUUGUUGAUGGAAUAGAGCAGAGCAUUGUACAAGCUCACAGUAACCUUCGUCCUGGAUCAAUAUAUGUGAAUAAAGGUGAACUAUUAGAUGCUGGGGUUAAUCGUAGUCCGAGUGCUUAUCUCAAUAAUCCUGCAGAAGAACGCAGGAAAUACAAAUAUGAUGUCGAUAAAGAUAUGACGCUUUUGAAGUUUGUUGAUGAUGAAUGGGGUCCAGUCGGUAGCUUCAAUUGGUUUGCUACCCAUGGAACUUCUAUGAGUCGUACAAACACAUUGGUAAGCGGGGACAACAAAGGAGCUGCUGCACGGUUUAUGGAAGACUGGUUUGAUCAGAACAAUAGCGGAAAGAUACUUUCUGAUGUAUCCAAGGCCAAAGAUACCCCAUUAACAGCCUCAAACAUUAUUCCAGUUGUUCAUGAAAACUGUAAGUUUCUACAUACUUAUCUGAAUAAUUAUCUAUUUUAUGCAUAAAAUACAGUGACAAUUUUCAAAAUUCACUUGUAGAACCUAAGAAGUACCAAUUCUUGUAAACAUUUUAUGUACCUGUAUCCGAUACGUACCGAAGCCCCGAUGCCCUUCUAUAUG